CCAAACAUGCUCGGAAAAAAACUCGGUUCAAUGGGAAAACGAAGCAAGAAGGCAAAGGCAGCAGCCAAUGCCACCCUCGAGGACUCGCAUUACGAAUGCCUGCUCGGGGCAUGUGAGUGCGGGUCGCACUCACCUACCACAACCACGCCCACGGGGACGUUCGUGGUGUACGUGGGGGGCGAACGAGAGAGGUUCGUGUUGCCAACGAGCCACCUGUCGCACCCGCUGAUGCGGAUCCUGCUGGAGAAGGCCCACAGCGAGUUCGGGUUCAACCAGAGGAACGGGCUGGUGGUGCCGUGCAGCGUCAAUGCGUUUCGAGAAGUGAUCAAUGCGGUCGAGUGCUGCAACGGAAGGUUCGAUUUUGGGGACCUCGUGCAUGAGUUUCUUUAGUGCUUUUGUUAGGUUGUGUUAGAUCAAUUAUUACUGGAACCAUUUCGAUGUCGUUCAAUGAUGUCUUGUUUUCAGCCAUUUUGUAAUCUAGUUUAGUAAUUUGUCGGAAUUAGGU